AUACCGCUCACCACAUCCCCGAUGAAGAACGCUAACAAUGUGACUGAAUUUGUCCUCUGUGGCCUCAGCUCAAAUGAAGAAGUGCAGAAAGCAUGCUUUGUGCUCUUUCUGCUCUUCUAUCUCGUCAUCGUGCUGGGAAACCUCCUCAUUGUUGUCACUGCAGCCUUCAGCUCCCGCUUGAAUUCUCCCAUGUACUUUUUCCUCAGCUACUUAUCCUUUAUAGACAUCUGCUACUCCUCGGUUACAGCCCCGAAGAUGAUCACAGACUUCCUGGUGGAAAAGAAAACCAUCUCCUUCAUAGGCUGCAUUGCACAGCUCUUUGGCGUCCACUUCUUCGGCUGCACAGAGAUCUUCAUCCUCACGGUGAUGGCGUACGACCGGUACAUCGCGAUUUGUAAGCCGCUGCACUACACCACGGUGAUGACCAAGAAGGUCUGUGGGCGGAUGGUGGCAGCCUCGUGGCUGGGAGGCCUCGUGCAUUCCCUGGUGCAGACUCUGAUCACCACCCAGCUUACGUUUUGCGGUCCCAACAAAAUCGACCAUUUCUUCUGCGAUGUCCACCCUCUUCUCCAACUGGCUUGCACAGACACCUACGUGGUCGGCAUCAUCGUGGUUGCCAACAGUGGAAUGAUUGCUCUGAGCUGCUUUCUCAUCCUGGUCGUAUCGUACAUCGUCAUCCUGUUCUCCCUCAGAUUUCACUCUUCCGAAGGGCGCCGCAAGGCCCUUUCUACCUGUGCUUCCCAUGUCACAGUAGUAAUUUUAUUUUUUGGCCCAUGCACCUUCACCUACAUACGUCCUUCCAGCAACUUUUCAGAAGACAAGACAGUGGCUGUGUUCUACACUGUUAUUACCCCAAUGCUGAACCCGUUAAUUUACACACUAAGAAAUGAGGAGGUGAAGAAUGCCAUGAGAAAACUAUGGAGCUGGAAAGUGACAGUCUCUGAGAAAACAAAGAUGUGA